AUGGGCCCACCUCGACUUGGCCCUGCCAAAAAGGCACCCAAAGACAAGAAGAAACCACCACAGGUCCCUCCCCGAGCCAAACAGGGGCGAAUCGGGACGGGGGGAACCGGGAUUGACUUGACUGCUACCAUCCCACUUACUCUGCAACAAUUGCUGCUCAAUGUUUUCAAAUCGGCCUUGCUGACUACACGCGGCCAAGUCUGGAAUAAUACCAACAAUAAAAAUAACAACUAUGACCAUGAUACCACUCCAGUGACGGGUCCAAACUCCCACCAAUUGGACAUCAAGGAACUCAUCCAAACCAUCAAAUCACACCUGUAUAACCGCGACUUCGACUCGGCGUUUACCGAUGCCAGCGGCGAUCUCUUGCGCGCAUAUGCCCUGCGCUGGAGCUCGACGCGCGCUCUGGGGUAUGCCGGGAUCUUCAAAGCGGUGUUCAGGGGGAUUCUCAACCCACAGGCCCACGCCACGAACCAUGUGGUGUGUAUUGGGGGCGGUGCAGGAGCUGAGAUUGUUGCUUUGGCUGCUUGUUUCGUUGGAGGAGAAGGAGAGUGGUACAUCAUCCACAUUAGCAUCGACGUUACCAUCAUCUUCCAAUCCCCGUUGCACGACUUCUUCAAGACCAUCAUUGUCGUCAUCAUCGACGACAACACGGCCCCAUCAUCCCGGCCUUCAUCAAACGUGCCAUCGGGGCCCAAGACACAAACAGCGCCGUUACUAGAUCCAAAUAUGGGACCAUUCUCCGUCCGGCUCCAACGUUCGGAUGUACUCUCCAUAUCUGAAGGUCAGCUCAAUGAGCUGUUGAACCCCCAGGAGAAGAAACAGUCUCCUCCGACCGCCACGGUACUGGUGACUUUGAUGUUCACGUUAAACGAACUCUUCUCGACGUCGAUGGCGAAAACGACGGGGUUUCUACUACGCAUGACGGAUAUUCUGCGGCCUGGGGCGGUGCUCCUGAUCGUUGACAGCCCUGGGAGCUAUUCGACGUUGAAACUGGGGAAAGGGAAGAGUUCCGCGGGCGGUGGAGAGGGAGAAGGAGGAGUGAGGUCUGCGCAGCAGGAAAGACACUAUCCUAUGAAAUUUCUCCUUGAUCAUACGCUGCUCUCCGUUGCGGAGGGGAAGUGGGAGCAGGUCUUCUCACAAGAUUCGCGCUGGUGGAGGAGAGAUGUAGCGGAGUUGAGGUAUGAUGUUGGGGAAGGGGCUGGGUUGGAGGAUAUGCGGUUCCAGGUUCAUAUUUAUCGUCGGUUGGAGGGACGAUAG